AUGGCUGAGACAACGAGGGAUGAAGAUCGGACCGAGGAAGACAACCGGAAAGGAGGUAGGAAUGUGAUUCUACUGGAAGAGGCAGACAUAUCAGAAGGUAUUAACGCUUGCUCCAAUAGUCUCUUUGGCAGACUCUUUACUUCCAAAACCUUCUCAAUUGGAACCAUGGGGAAUGCUUUAAAGGCUAUAUGGGGAAACCCAGAAGGAUUUAGCGUGAGCGAUAAAGGGGAUAAUUCCUUCCAAUUCUUUUUUAAUAAAGAAGUGGAUGUCUUGCGUGUUGAACGUGGUUCUCCAUGGCUAUUCAAAGAUUAUGUGCUCCAUGUCAAGAGAUGGAAGGAAGAUUAG